AUGGCAUCAUUACGGACGACUUCAAGAUCUAAGCAUGACCUCCUGGGUGAAUUGUCCUGGGCUCAGUCGCUUGCAGCUCGCCUGCGUCGAGAUCGGGACAACUGGCGCACACUCACCCUCAAGCAAGAACAAGACCUCAAGGCCGCACAUCAAGACCUCGAAGACCAAGCUCGCAGCAUCUCGGGGAUGGAACAAGAGAUGGCUAAACUCAGGUUCCGCCAUGAGGAGGACACGAUAGCUGGGGGGCAACUCUAUUCGCGCUUCCAUGUACUCAUCUCCAAGCAUGACAAGCUUGUGGAUCAAUUCAACGAUACCAUGCGUACCGUCGCUCGCCUUAAGAAAAGUGACCGUACUAAGGGCAAGGUACAACAGCGUAAUCUGAGAUUGAAGGCUACACUGCAACGUUACACAUCUCAGGGUACCUCGGCUGCUACCCAAGCGGCUGCAGAUACAGAGUCCACUCUAAGGGAAGCACUCGCUUUGGCUAAUGAGCGAAUUGAGGAGCUGGAGACAAAGGGCGAGGUAAUGCUCGAUGCAUUGGAGAGGCGCAACGAUAGCUGUGGCAGUGAUGAUGAAGGAGAGUUGGAGCGAGGAGAUAUCGAAGCAGGGCUCUUGGGGGCUGAAGUGGUAUUCCGCAGUGUUCUCGAAGAUGAGUCUUUCAAGGAGCAGAAGGAGAUCUGGCUGGAUCUGUUGAACGAUUGA